AUUUCCCAGUGUGCUUUGGGCAAGAAGAACCAGCGGGGAGGAGAGGGCGGCAAGAGCAGCAGCUGUGCGGAGCUCGCGGUUAUGGCCGGCUCGAUGGCGUCGUUGCUCCAGCAGCGGCGGUGCCUCUACAAGGGUUCCCGAGCCCCGCCUUGGAAGGAGACCUACCGGCAGCGCUGCGUGGAGAGGUUGAAGAACAGCCGGGCCAGACUCUUGGACCGAUACCGCCAUGUGGGAGAGAACGCUGCUGCUGGUGGAGGAACAAGGAGCUCCCUUCUGGUUCAGGAGGUGAUGGAGGUUGAGUGGCAGGCCUUGCAGUCGGUAGACACAGAACUGCCGUCCCUCCGGAAGAAAGAUACUUCUCUCCAUGUUCUGGAAGACUCCAGUGAACUAGCAGUGUUGGAGGAAAUCCAGAAAGAGCUGAUUUUGCAAGAACAGCUGGCUAUAGAGGAAUAUGAACAAAGCCUUCGGUUUGAUGAGGAGUGCCUCAAUGCGAUGCUCGAGGGCUUAGAUGCUGAACCCAAGGUGAUCUGCCCAGUUUGCCAAAGGAAUAACCUCACCGUGAUGAGCCACGUGGUCACCUGUACCUGCGGACUGUGCAUCAGCACACAGGGGAUGACUGAAGAGAUGCUUCAGUCGCUGCUAGGAGACGGGGUAACGGAGCACAGCCAGCACUGUCAGCACAGUCCUGAAUUUUCUGUAACUAGUGGGAUGGAUGGAGAAACUAACCUUCUCAUGAGUUGCCAGGUAAACUUCAAUUCUGUGAGCUCCCUGAUGAAGAGAUGCUCUGCUUCAAACUGGAUCUUCCAUCCAUUGACUCACAGUGGGGAUAUUCUCUCAGUUACCUUAAAUAACAUGAGCCAAAUUAAGUGCACUCAAAGAGCAGGAUAUAUGCCACAAUUCCAUCCUGCCCUUCUUCCAAGGAGCUUAAAUUGGCAGGUGUUUCUUCACUCAUGGUAUCCUUACAACAGCUCUGCAAGGUAGGCUAGCCUGACCAUGUCAGUCUAUAUAAGACUGGCCCAAAAGCACUAUGAGCUUCAUGGCUGGGGUGGGGGAACCCAGAUCUCUUAUCUCUCCAGACAUAGCAUAGUACCAUCAUCUAACAGUAUUGGCCUCUUUCCCUUUACAAGAAUGAAACCUUUUGUUAGGAACCAACCACAACGACAGAAUGUCAUGCAAGCUUUCAAGCUCAAAGGAACUCUUCAUCAGAGUGGAUUUUACAAAACAGAAGGGUAGAAGGCAGAUUUCUCGGUGAUGUUAAGGUCUAAUCAUGCCGGGAUCCUUUAUGAGAUGCUAGCAGGCCCAAGUCGGUUGGUUCUCCAAGGAUAUUACAGAUUUUGUUGUUUCUGAAAUUAUUUUGGUUUAGUUACUUUUUUGUAAUGUACUAUAUCUGUGCAGGAGGGGAAAGGAAGCGUGGGGGGAGGUUGCUAUUUUAUUUAUUGAAGUGAUGUUAAAACUACUUGGAACAAUGAAUCAUCACUCUGUAGAGGUUGCAGUGGCAUUUGGCAACAUCUUAUCUGUAUUUUAAAAUAAUCCCAAUAA